AUGGAUUACAUUACGCGUAUGUUGGAGCACCCCCCAAAAGACAUUCACUCUCCGGUGCUAGUCGACGCUGACCGACCAGACCGCACCCUUUCGUGGCAGGAGUACUCCUCCGCCGUCAAAAGAAUAGCCGUCGGCCUGCGCGACUUUGGCGUACGCGAUCGGGACGCCGUCGCCCUGCUCAGUCCCAAUGAUAUCUACUUUAACGUGCUGGGAGAUGGUGCCAUAGCUGCGGGCGGGAUUUUCGUCCCGAUCCCGACGUUUACCAGACAGAGCGAGCUGGCUAGCUGCAUCACAGCGGCGCAGGUGAAGUGGCUUGUCGUCGUGACCGAAUUCCAGGAGCUGGCUUUGGUCACUGCUCGAAGCUUGGGAAUCGAUCUGUCCCGAGUCAUCAUGUUCGAUCCUCCGGGGCUGGAGCCUUAUGAUGGCCCUCAACGCUGUUUCAGUGAGCUCCUGAAGGCUGACGGGAGUCUCUUUCAGAACCCGUACAAGGGCAGAGACCCGAAAACCCUUGCCUGCCUGCGCAUGUUUACCAGUGGAACGACAGGGACGACCAAGGCCGCAGAGCUUUCCCACACUUGUCAAGUGACUAGACUGGACGCUCGCGACUUUGUAGCCUCCCCGCGUGACAAGGGCCAGUUCCAUAUGAUCGGCAUUUUCCACCCUGGUGGACAAAUCACCACCAGCCGGGCGUGUUCGGGCAAGCUACCUCUUUACCUCUCUAACUGCGAUGACGCACCGACGAUCCUGGAUAAAAUCCAAUCCUUUGGCCUCUCGGUUACCACACUCCCACCUCGGACGAUGGAGGCCAUCAUCACCACCAUUAAUGCUGGGGUCCGGUCUCGAGAGGCUCUCCAGUCCCUGAACACGAUCAUGGUCGGAGGGGCUCCUUCUCGGAAGGAGGCGGUCCAAGAGUUUGCUGCUCUCUUACCAAGCCAUACCCGUUUGAGGUCUGGCUACGGAUCCACCGAAGCCGGAAACAUCUGCAUGACACCCGAGGAAGCCGACUGGAUUCCCGGGUAUGUGGGGUUUCUUUCACCCAAGAUCGAAUUAAGGAUUAUUAACCCCGAGACGCUGGAAACAUUAAGCUUUGACACCGAAGGUGAGAUAUGUGCCCGGAGCGAUCAAGUUUUCAUCGGCUACUGUGGGAAUGCGGCCGCCACGGAGUCUGCCUUUCUUCCAGACCCGGAGGGACAUUGGUUUAGAACCGGAGACAAAGGGUACCUGGACCCGAAGACAGGGCAGCUGACCGUGACCGGCCGCUUCAAAGAAAUCUUCAAGGUCAGGUACGAGGAAGUCGCUCCUGAGGAAAUCGAGCACGAACUUAUGAAGCAUCCCUCCAUUAUGGAUGCCGCAGUUACAUCAGUAGUAGCUCGAGAUAAUGACAGGGACUGCGAGUGCCUGGCCUAUGUGGUCCGAGAGCAGGGCUCUCAACUGACGGCGCAGGAAGUGGUGGAUUUCAUUGCGGCCAACGUGUCUCAUCAUAAAGCCCCUACUGGGGGUGUGGUGUUUUGCGAGGGUAUUCCCCAGACUGCUAUGAAAAAGGUUAUCCGGCGCAAGUUGGCUGACCUUCCGGCUCUGCCUGGGUCGGCAAGCCUUUGGACCAAGCAAGAGAAGUGGAACAAGACCGAUCCCAAGGACAUUGAAAUUUGGUCAGAGUACCUUCGGACGAAUAGCGUCAACAGUCAAGGUCCCACACUGUGA